AUGAACAAUUUUGUUUCAAUUUAUUAUAAAGAAAUAGACAUACCUUCAAGUAAAGCAGCAGUUCUGGUUAAUAAUAUGAUAUACAUACUAGAUAAGAACAAUUAUCUGUAUUCUUAUAGUCUAAUAACUAAUAAUACAGAGUUACUUCAAAUGAUGGGAGAAGAUAUCUUCACUUAUAAUAAUAAUUUAUUCGUCGUUAAUAAGAGUAUUGUAAACAGUAUUGAUUCUACAAUUAAUGAUACUAACCUUAUCUAUUCUUUAAAGAAUGCUCCUAGUGAAAUAAUUUCUAAUAAUGAAAACGUAGUGUUUCUAUACAAAAACGAUCUACAAUAUUUAUCUGAUAACAUUUUAAAUAACUAUUCAUCAGUUUUAUUUAAAAAUUUUAUUACCUUUACUUACUAUAAUAACAGUUAUAUGUUUAUCUUAUUAGACGAUGGAAGAGUUAUGUAUGGUCUUAGUAUGAUUUAUUCAUAUGCAAUAGGUUAUAAAGAAGUACUUUGCAACACCCAAUUAAAAGAUAUUAUUUGUGUUAAAGAUGAAUUUCUUUUAGGUGUAACUGCUAAUGAAAUUAUCAAAUACAAAAUUAAUAAGAUUAGCAAUUCCAUUAUUCUAGAAAAAAAGUAUAAAUUAAACAUAUUAAGUGAUAAGAUAGUCUAUCUUUUUGAUUAUCUAAUAUCCGUGGGUGAGAAAGUAAUUGAUAUCAAAAGUGUUCCUUAUGAAAUACUAAAUAAUAAAACUAUGAUUAAAAUAAAGAACAGUAAUGAGAUCGUCUUAUCUGGUAAUAGAGUUUAUUUUAUAAAAAAGAAUAUCAAAUCUAAUGAAAAAGAUUUAAAAGUUGAUUUGUUUAAUAAAGAAUUAAAUAAUAAAAAUCAAUCUUUUGAUGACUAUAAAGAAGUAUUAGAUAAAAUAACUGAAGAAACUCUCAGACAAAAUUUCAAAAGUUUAAUUCUUAAAUUAAGAAAUUUUAAUUUAUUAAAAAACAAUACAAAUAAGAUAAAAUUUAAUAUCAAAAGUAGAAUUGAUGAGUUAAAUGAAAUGAAGAGUAAAAUAGAUAUUUCUAUUGAAAAAUUAAAAGAAAAAGAAGAGUUACUUAGAAGUAAAUUAAGUGUAAUAAAAGACAGAAGUAAGAAUAUUAGUGUUAAUGCUAGUGAAUUUAAAAAGAAUUGUGAAAGAUUAGAAAAUUUACUUGUGAAAUUAGAUGAGAAGAAAUUAUCAUUUGAUUACAAAAGAUUAAAGAUACAAAGAAAUGUAUUAAGAGAUAUGUUUGAAUAA